ACGAAUGAUUAAUGUUUUCAUAUUAUUUGAAUUGCAGGUAAAAUGUUGGCCAGUAUAAUCGGACGUCACAUCCUUGGCAACUUUGCGGUGUCCAGAAAGUUUGCCUGUUUAGGGCAGUGGACCGCUCAUUGUUCAACACUGUUCACUAGAGGUUUAUAUGGACAGUUGCCCCCAAGACAUGUUGCUGGUGCCGUUCUGGGAGUUCAGUCAUUUCACUGGUCUGGUCAGAGACCGAAAAAACGGCCACAGGAAGAGAGUCCACCAAGAGAACUUGAUUUGCUUCGUUAUGACAUGAGAGACCUAAAGAAAGCUCCAAAGCCGGCCCUCUAUCUCGGAUUAUCUGGUCUCAUACCUUUUGUAUCCGCUCCUUUACUUAUGGCUGUCACGGAACUGUAUCUUCCCGAAGUUGCAUUUGCUCAAGUUGCAUACGGAGCGUCCAUUGUUUCCUUUCUUGGUGGGGUACGCUGGGGUUUCGCCUUGCCUUCUGGAAGUCCAGCAAAACCUGACUGGCUCAAUUUAGCCAACAGCGUGGUUCCCUGUCUGAUUGCUUGGACAGCACUCCUUUUUUGCCAUGACAUUACACAGUCUGCUGUGCUUGUGAUAAUGGGGCUUGGGAUAUCAUUGCAUUAUGACCUGUCCCUCAUGCCUACAUACCCCGGCUGGUUUAAAGCACUGAGGACAAUCCUCACAGCUGUAGCCUUUUUCUCCUUGAUAGGCACUGUUGUCAUUAAGCAGUUUUAUCCUGAGAAGAAGUAUUUCUCUGAUAAAUGAUUUAGGCAUAUUUGUAAUGUCAGUCCAUUGAUAUUAAACAUGUUAAAAGUG